AUGCGACAACAACUCGUUUCACUCCGAGCAGUGACACCAAAGCACCACAAGGAAUGUUCGAAAGAAAUUCGAAAAUUAGAUAAGAAUAUGGAUGUUCAAAAUUUUUGUCAAAACUUUCACAAAUUCAAGUUUAUUAUUGUGGUGUAUUUACAUUCCGAUCAUUUGUUAAAUUUUGAAAUGAUGAAAAAAUUGAAAUUAAAAUUAGAAAAUGAACAAAGAGAACGAAAGGUUGACCCUAUAGAGUAUGAAUUUAUGAUGGGUGUGAAAAAUAGUGUGUUACAAAAAUCAGUGGACUUGUUAUUGGAACAACAAAAUCCCAUAAACGAUACUGAGCUAGGUAUUAUGGACACAGAAUCUUUGAGACAAUUGAAAUCAUAUUUCGUUGGCCAAGUUGGAUUAAUUUUUACAAAUGAUGUAAAUAAUAUUUUACAUGAGCUUCAACAAUUACUAGCUCCUGAAAAGCCAUUACAAGACGAGAAUGUAGUCACACCAAGCAAUUCAGUCACAACUAGUCAUAACGAACAAAUUGUUUAUUUACCAGUUGCAUCUGGUAAAGCAUUACUCCCUUACAGGUACAACUCUACAAAUGAAUCGUUUCAGCUAAAUGGUCAGCUGUGGCAUUCCAUUUCAACAGUUGCAAUACCAGUCAUCCAACACUCAUCUAGCACAUGUUCUAACGAUAUCAAGUUACGACAUGGAAAAGAUAACUUACAACAGUACAAAUGCAAGCCUGCCAAGUUGAAGAGGCAUGACAACGAACAGACAGACUUACAUAACGACCGCACAGAAUUGGAAUUUUUGAUAUUCAACAAAAUUGGGAAGUGCAUUACUAAACAAACAAUUGCAAUAACAGAAAAUUGA